AAAUAUGGAAGUGAACUAGAAAAAAUAAAUUGUUGGAAAACAUCAAAGAUUUGGGUUAACUGAACGAACAAACACAAGCAUACCGAAUAUUUAAAUGUACCAUUUGUAUAUAAAGCAGCCGGAAGCCAGGCCUUCGUCCUCGUCAUAUCUGAAAACUUUCAAUGCGAAACUUUGGUUUCUGACACUGGGAAUAUUUGUUAUUCUAACGAUGGCACUUUGGCUAACGAUCAACUUUUUAAACAGGAUUUGUCACUCAGAACCUUGCAUUUCCAUACCGUCGUGUUUCCUCGGGAUCGUUUCGGGCUUUAUAAAUCAAGGUUACGAUUUGAAAUUGCACAGUUAUUCCGGAAGGGUGCUAUUAAUAUUCGCCUUGAUGCUGGGUGUUGUUCUGUACUCCGCCAUGAACGCCGUUCUGGUAGCACAGUUGGCCAUAUUCGACAUACCUUUUCCCUUCGAAUCCCUGGACGACAUACCGGUCAAAAGAACGCAUUCUUUGUGUCUUCGCACCAAUAGCUUCGUUUACAACAACUUUACGGAUGCCUAUAAAAAUGUACUUCCUCACUGGACAGGUGUAUUGAAUGGACGAGGCUGUUUGGACAUCAACAAUCAAACAAAUCUAGCAAAAAUUCUUUGUAAUGAUAGCAUAAUUUUUCUCGAAAACAGAGUGGUUUUGCCCAAUGUUAUGAAAAACCAUAAUAUAGAAUGUAACGUCAUAAACUUCAAACAAAGAUAUUUCAAAAAAGACAAUGUUUUCCUAAUGGCUAAAUCUUUUAGAGGAAAAGUAAAGAUAGACAAUUUUGUCAAAAAGAUGAGAACUGUGGGAGUACUUCAAAGAUUAGAAUACAAAUGGAUAAAAAAUGAACAACUGACGGAGAUUAAAACUAUAUCAUCACCACAAGUCACGAUGAAGCAUAUAGAAAGUGUUUUGCACAUGUACAUUAUCAUGAUUGCUUUGAGCCUUGUUUUUCUGGCUUGUGAAAUUACACAUAACAAAUUGUUUAAUGUGAAAAGAUAUCAAAACAAUACAUUCUAUAAUUAAUUGCAACGUUCUAACUGUAGUACCAUAUUAAUUGUUAGCUGAAGACAAAUGUAUAGUAUUAUAGUUGGUUUGAAAAAUAAAUAAAAUAAAGGUGAGUGAAGUUAAAUAAAAAAUGACGCGACAAAUCAAGUCGUAAAUUUUGCUGCUCCGACAAAGCCUUAAUGAACGAGUGAAACUAAAAUAUUGCUGAAAAUAAAUCUUCAGUUCGUAAUGUUUAAUUCUUUAAAGCUAAUUUAUUAACUCGUAAUUAUACAGUGU